AUGAUCCAUCCGGCAACAAUAGAAGAUUUCCUGGAUGAUCAUCCGGAUUCUUACUGGUUAGUUGCGGAUGUACUAAAUAUUGAAUGGCGAAAAGGAUGUCUAACAACUGCUGGUUGUGCGGAACCACGAUUUCAAGUAACCAAAAUGAAUACUGCUAACAAUGAAGCUAAUUUAAUUAGCUGGCCUAUUACGCUCAAAUUAGUUGAGGAAACAUCACAUUCAUUCAUAUCACAUUGGAUAUCACGAAGUGUUAGCGAUAUUGCGUUGAAAUGUGAAGUGAUCGGUUUAGAUCCUACUUAUGGUUUCCCGAGGAUAUGUGAUACCACUCCUUUAAAACAUAUUUUUGAUUUUGAUUAUGAUGAGAAUGAUCAUUUCAAACAUUCAAAGAAAACGCAAUAUUCGAAUAAUGGAAAUGGAAAUGGAAAACUUGUUAUAGAAGUGAAAGGAAAAUGUUUCAAUGCUUCACUUGCUCUAAAAAAAUAUGAUCGUUGUCCAACUUGUAUCGAACAUCGUAGUAUUGCUGUUGUUGAACAGUAUACUGAUCCGGAAACAAGUAAUGAUUUCUUUCAUCGUCUUAAUGGUAAUAAACAAUUUCUAUAUGCUGUGAUAGUCUUAUCAGCAUUUACGGUUAUUUUAACGACCGGAUUUGCUUGUUUAUUAAUUGCUUUCCUACAUCAAAAACAUCAAUUAAACGUAUCUACCACAUCAAAGCAGCAGUUCCUACAUCCGGAACAAUCAAACAUCACAUAUCCGUUACAUGCAUAUGAGGAUGACGCAAGAUAUGAUAUACCAUGGGAGCAAAUGCAAAUGCCAACAAUAUAUCGACGAUCACCAUAUCGAAGCUUUAGCAGUAAAAAUAGUUCCACACCAGUAUCAUCAUCACUCAUAGCUCCAAUAACAGAUGUCAUGGCAUUAGCUCAAUCAGAUUGUCGAAAAACUUCACCAAGUUCAUCAUUCGGUACUGAACUUCAUGAUAGUGGUUUAGAAUCUGUCUAA